AAAAAUUGGCAGGCGAUGAACAAAGAUGGUGAAUAGCGCAAGUCGCCGCCAAGGAGAUGCUGUAAAACUUUAUAUAUCAUUCCAUCUUGUGCAAGUUAACACCAGCUGGCUGAUGUAAGCGUGGCUUGACUUCCUAGCGUUAUGGCCUGACGCGUAGGAUGCGCGAGAGGACUUCGGACUCAACGGUCUACACAUUGUACAAUAUGCAGCACAUCAAAUCCGCCCUUCAGUCUAUUACUCCUUUGGCCCUCGCAUCAAAGCCGCAGAGUCAACCGAAUUAUCCUACCGGCCGCCCACCGCUUGACAAGCGAAAAUUCACAAGCCUCGCGGUUGAGAACACAAUCAACCGUGUCCGCUUGGUACUAGAAAAAAACGGCCACGACAACCUCGCAGAACUCUUUGAAACAUGUUAUCCCAACACACUGGACACGACCAUCCAGUUCCACGGACGCGAUGAGGAAGGGAAUUUGGAUACGUUUGUUAUUACUGGAGACAUCCCCGCCAUGUGGUUACGAGACUCGACCAACCAGGUUGUUCCAUACCUACCUUUAGCGGCCUCAGAUUCCUCUAUUAGUGCUUUGAUCCAUGGUGUGAUCAAUCGACAGGUCAAGUGUGUAUUGGCCUCGACGUAUUCGAAUGCAUUCAAAAGGUCCAAACAUCAAUGGGGGGAAUGGGAGAAAGAUUUCGUUAAGCCGGCUGUGGAUCCAUUAGUGUGGGAGGGCAAGUUUGAACUGGAUAGUUUGGCGGCGUUCUUAAAGCUCUCAACGUUGUUUUACGCCUCCACGUCCGAUGCGUCCUUCAUAACACCAGAGUGGGCCCGUGCAGUCGAGCUUGUUAUUGGAACGCUCAAGAUACAACAAAAAGGGACAAUGGAAGAAUUGGAUGAUCCAGCUUACUUGUUUAGAAGGGAGGGCAUUGAGCCAAUAGAUACGCUCAUGUUGGACGGAAGAGGUCCGCCAGCUAAACGAUGUGGGCUCGUCAAAUCUCCGUUCAGGCCCUCUGACGACGCAUCUACUCUUCCUUUCAUCAUACCGUCAAAUGCGAUGGCAAGUGUUGCACUCAAGGACCUUUCUCAAAUGCUCACUACCGCCGAUAUCCAUCUCGAAUUGGCUCAACAAGCUCAGUCUCUAGCCGUGGAGAUAUCAGACGCAAUAUACCGUUACGGUGUCAUUGAGCAUAGCGUUUUUGGCAAAGUGUUUGCGUACGAGGUGGACGGGUUUGGAAAUGCCCUGUUCAUGGAUGACGCCAAUAUUCCAUCGCUUCUCAGUCUCCCCUACAUUGACUUUCUCCCACCCUCUGACCCAAUCUAUCUAAAGACCCGUGCGUACAUCCUCAGCGACGCUAAUCCCUACUACUUUACUGGAACGGCUGGCGCCGGCGUAGGGGGCCCGCACUGCGGGUUAGGGUACAUAUGGCCCAUGUCCAUCAUCAUCCAGGCUUUAACGACUCAAUCCAAAUCCGAGCGGGCCCAAUGCAUCAAUACUCUUAUUCAGUCAACCGCUGGGACAGGAUUCAUGCAUGAGAGUUUCUGGAAAGAUGAUGUACACAAAUUUACUCGAGGAUGGUUCGCCUGGGCAAAUUCCUUAUUUGCUGAACUUGUUCUUCGAAUCGUUACCGAGAUGGAGGAUAGUGAUUCAGCUUUAAUCAAACGCCAGCAAGUGGACGCAAGCCAGCCUGAAGACAAUAAAGAUGGUGUCGAACCGGGGGAAGAGAAACCUCAGGAGGAGAUUAGUAAGAUACAAGGAUAAUGUAACCUUUUAUUGAAUGUCACUCAAUAUAUGCGAGGAAUAGUCCUCCUCCCCCUGAUCUAUCAGAAUUGCAUUGAAUAUACGAGAAUGCCGAUCGAUCGUAGACAAGUAUUGAUGGUCAAAAUGCAAUCCAGAUAUACUUCAAUCUUGCAACAAGAUAGGUUAUGGCAAACCAACCCAUUUUGUUGUAAAUCCAUGUUGCACGGAUCUAUUCCAAAGACAUGGCCGAUAUGGUUGUGCACCCUCCAGUGGAUGUGCUGCACAUUUUCUGUCCCCUGGGCUUGUGAAGAGUGUUCCUGUCAUGAAAUUUGAUUCAUGUUGUUCAGAAUCAUUCAUUGCGUGGUUAGCACUUAUGGCAGAACUUCUGAAAGUUCCCCUCGCUUCGUCCAUGUACAUGUACACCAACAACUGCCCUUAUAUAGUGAGCAAUCCCGUUCAUAUUUGCGCCUUCUAGGGCAAAUCGUUUUAACUUUAUGAACAAUGGAUCAAAGUUCAACAGAAGCAAGACUCAAUUGUG